CCACCAUCAAGUAGCUCAAGUGUCCCACCAUCCAGUAGCUCGACUGUCCCACCAUCCAGUAGCUCAAGUGUCCCACCAUCAAGUAGUUCGACUGUGCCACCACCUUCCAGUAGCUCAAGUGUCCCACCAUCCAGCAGUUCGACUGUCCCACCAUCAAGUAGUUCGACUGUCCCACCAUCCAGUAGUUCGACUGUCCCACCAUCCAGUAGCUCAAGUGUCCCACUAUCAAGUAGUUCGACUGUGCCACCACCUUCCAGUAGCUCAAGUGUCCCACCAUCGAGUAGUUCGACUGUUCCACCAUCAAGUAGUUCAACUAUCCCACCGUCAAGUAGUUCAUCUAUUCCACCAUCCAGUAGCUCAAGUGUCCCACCAUCGAGUAGUUCGACUAUCCCACCAUCGAGUAGUUCAUUUAUUCCAUCAUCUAGUGCUCCUCCAUCUAGUAGUUAUACUUUCUCAUCCUCAAUUUACUGGAAUUCCACCUCCAGUACACCUGGCUCGAGCCCUAGUCCAAGUACAGUCGCUUCUUCCUCAUCUUUGCCAACAACUACUUAUCCUGAAACUACCACUACCACUACGCACUUUGGUACUACUUGUAUUACAAUCACGACGUGUAAAGAUAAUGGUUGCACUGAAGUCACAAAAACUACAGGAUACACUAUAGUUACCCAAGAAACCACAACGUACACCACUUAUUGCCCAAUUACCAAGUCAGCCGAAGGAACCACUCCUCCUGAAUAUAUACCAACUGCAACAGAAUCAGAGCAUAAGAAGGUUGAAACCCUUACAACUGAAGUUCCUCCUACUCAGAUCACAACUGAGACUCCACCAGCUAUUGAAACUGAGGCUCCACCAGCUAUCGAAACUGAGACUCAACCAGCUACUGAAACUGAGUCUCCAAAUACCUAUUUACCUCCAGCGACUUCCAAUUCAAUAACUCAAGUAACCACUCAAAUUACGCAAACAAUUUCUUCUUCACCUACUGGAGUACUUCCUGCUGUAACGACUGCUGCAAAUGGAGCCAAAAGGUUAUCUUCAUCCAUUGGCUCCAUAUUUGCAGGAGUAUUCAUUUUACUUAACAUUUAA